CUUUGUGUAUUGGCGGCUGACGGCAACGGUCAUACUUAGUGAUGUCACUAUUGCGCUCGCGUAGAAAAUGAAGAAGAUGCACCAAAAAUAACAAACAAAACGUAACUCCCGAUCAAAAUAGCUUUAAAUUGAAGUUAAAUAACGAUACUACGACAAUGGCGAGUGCCAUUAACCAAGCAGCAGGCAAACUGCCGGCAAUUGCGAAGAGGGUGCAAAAUCUGGGCGACAUGGGCGUUUGGCAAAGAUCCCGCGCCUUCCACGAUUUGAUUGGAUACAUAAAUGGCACCAGUUCGGCCAUUCAAGGCAUUAAAACCACAGACGAGAUGUUCGAGUCGGAGGUGCUUAAGAAGCUGCUGCGGCUCUUUGAUGCACUGGAGAAGUUGGUGGAGCAACAUCCUCCGUUGGAGCAGCCUCAGCGGUUCGGGAACAAGGCCUACAGGGAUUGGGCGCAGGAAAUGCGGGAGCAGUUACCCGAACUCCUAGAGCAGUUGCUGCCAGAUGCCAAGAAGCGAUACCAAGUCGAGCUGGAGCAGUAUCUCAUGGAGUCCUUCGGCAAUGCCACCAGGAUCGACUACGGAACCGGGCACGAGCUGUCCUUCCUCUUCUUCCUGUGCUCCCUGUUCAAGGCCGAGAUCCUGCAGGAGCAGGACAUCGUGAGUGCUGCACUGAGACUGUUCAAUCGGUACCUUGUGUUCGCCAGGCAGCUGCAGCGCACCUACAACAUGGAACCUGCUGGGAGCCAAGGCGUCUGGUCUCUAGACGACUUCCAGUUCGUGCCCUUCAUCUGGGGCAGCGCACAGCUGGCGGUUAAGGGCCCCUUUGAUCCCUCAAAGUUCGUGGACGAGCAGAUCAUCACCGAGUACAAGGAUCAGUUCAUGUUCAUUAGCUGCAUCGACUACAUCUGCAAGGUCAAGACUGGACACUUUGGUGAGCACUCCAACCAGCUGUGGAGCAUCACAGAUGUGCCCUCGUGGGCUAAGAUCAACGCGGGUCUGGUUAAAAUGUACCAAAAGGAGAUCCUCUCAAAGUUUCCCGUGAUCCAGCACGUUUACUUCGGAGAACUAAUGGCAUUCGAGCCCGUCUCCCCUGGCACAACUCUCUCCAACGCCCGACUGGGUCAUGUGGCUCCGCCGCCCUCCAAACGCAUCUGCAUUGGCACUCCAAACUUGGUGCCCCCAGUGCCAGUUGCCGCAGCUCCUCCUCCGCCCGCCGAAUCUCUCAGCAGCGAUCUGAAUGUGGGCGACUCGAGCAGUGAGAGCAGCGACAACAGCGUGGUACUGCGUCCAUCAACAUCGUCGGCUUCUCUGGUGGCGGCAGCCGAAGGAUCGGGGGAUAAGCCCAGCAAGGAGUAGACUACGGAGCGGAGGAGAAUGGCGAUGAUCUAACCUGUGUUAAAAAUUCUUAUUAAUAGCGUUGGCCAAUGGUCCAGUAAAAACUGUUUACACAAGUACAA